UCCUCCGUCGCGUUCAGCCAUCGACGCUACUCCACACGUACGCCACUAUUUGCUUGGAUCCCGUACUGUGCGCAUCGUCUCUCUAGUUCUCGACACGGAGAAGUGUGUGCGUUUCACCAAUAACCGUAUCAGGAUACUCAGUCUAAUUGUACAACGUCAUAUUCAGUGGAGAAAUCUGAAGCUGCUGAUAAAGCUCUUCUGCAGCCUCGUUUCACAAGGAUAUUUACGUGAUAAUUUAAAAAACUGGAAGAUAUUUAUCGAAAGUUUGCGUACAAGUGUGCCUGUGCCGUGCUUUAAUAUUUUCUUUAUGCUGUGUUAAUCUUUUGUGCACCUGUUUACAAGGGGAUAACAUUUAUAUAAAGUGAUCGAACCAAAUGGUUGUGCUUGAGGAAGGCGGUAUGCUGACCACCGGACACAAUCAGUACUUACAACCGGAUUAUCUGUCUCCGCUUCCAACAACGUUGGAUGCGAAGAAGAGUCCACUGGCAAUGUUGGUCCAAACCUGCAGUCAAAUAGGCGCGGACCCGCCGACGAAACCGCUGAUAUCUCCUCUGGAGAAAUCCUCAAAGGGAAUGUCCGGGGCGAACGCGCGAUCACCACCAGCAGCAAAAAUGGAACGUACACGAUCGAGUCCGUCGGAACCGAAACCUUUGGGUUUCAAACCAUACGAGAUGAACGUGUUGUCGAAAAAGUCGUCGGGUUCGGAUGACGGUAGGCCAGCAUCGAAAGCAAGUGUUCACAGUUUGAGUGGUCAAGAGUGUGCAAGUGCAACGACACCGAGUGACAAUAACAACGUAGAUAAAAAAUCAAGUGGGAGUCGCACGCCGAUGGGUAGAAAAUCAGCUUCGCCAUCGUCGAAUCAAGGAAUAAACACGACGACACCGGCGGUAGGAUCGACGGGUAACAGUCCGUCGGGUGACCGCAAGACUCCGGUCUCGUCGCACGAGCGUGAGAAGUCGAACGACUCGCCGCGCAACAAUAACGGCGCGAGUCCGAUCAUUCGUUCCGGAAUGGAAAUUCUAUCGGGCGGUAGACAUCCUAAAGAUUUGGGCGCGUACAAGCACAGCGCAGGAUUGGCAGGUUUCGGUGCAGGUAAUCCGCUGUGCUGCCCGCCAGGAUUAGCCGAGAAUCCAGCAUUCAGGCCACCGUUUGCGGGAGCAUCACCAUUUUCGCAUCAUCAUGCAGCCGCAGCAGCAGCUCUUUUGGGCUAUCCAUCCGCGGCGCCGGGUGCUGGAAGUCCUUAUCUAAGUUACGCCCGCGUCAAGACCCCCGCGGGUGGCGAAGCCCUUGUUCCGGUCUGCAAAGAUCCUUACUGCACCGGUUGUCAAUACAGUAUGCACAAUGCCCAAAUGAUGAUGGGAGCGGGCUCCUGUCCCAGUGGUUGCACGCAGUGCGAUCAUCAGAAGUACGGAUUGGCGAUGGCACUUUCGUCCAUGGGCCAAAUGCCACCACCAUCACUUUCUUAUCCGUCGUCGUUGAACCCUGCCGCUGGUGGACGUCAGAACAUCUGCAGUUGGAUCGCGGGGGAUACCGUUUGUGGUAAACAUUUCACCACCUCCGAGGAACUCCUUCAACAUCUUCGAAGCCACACGAGCUUGGCAAGCGGCGGUGGCAGCGCAGCUGAUCACGCAACGACCGCGGCCCUCCUCGGAGCGCAACAUCCGUUGCUCUCGCCGUCGGCAGCUCUUCAUCGCGCUGCUGCGGGAGCAUCUUAUCCGGCGCCUUCCCUCAGUCCCCUGAGCGCGAGGUAUCAUCCUUAUGGAAAACCACCGACGGGUCCUCUGCCCGCCUCGCUGGCCGCAUCACCGUACAGUGCUUUCAACGCACUCGGACCUUAUUACUCGCCCUACGCUAUUUACGGACAACGCAUUGGUGCCGCGGUUCAUCCUUAAGAGGAUACUUACUCGCUCAACAAACUCAAUGUCUUUAUUUCAAUGGUGAAUCAUCAUCGAGCAUAUUCAAAUGACAAAAUCUACGAACUUUCUUUCUUUGGUUUUUCGCAAGAGCCACUUUGAUCGUGUAAAUAAAUGCGCGCCGGCGGUGCUAACGUAAGACUAUUUAAAAGAAUUUAUAUUACAUAUUAAUAUUAUAGAUAUCUAUAUAUACAUGUACACAUGCAUAUAUAAAUCUAAAUUAAAUAUUACGAUUGGAGUUUAUGAUGUAUACCUUGAGACCGACAACGUGUCGCGCCCAGCAACAACGAACGGACGCUUUUUUUCGCGGUAGGAAAUACGCAAGGAAUACACCCGAGGCUGGUGACACAAAAUACACACGCAUACAUACACACGAAUACACGAAAAAUUUAUAUGCCUAUAAAAAUCUGAUCGAUUUACGAGCAGCUAUUAUUGAACGACUCAAGUUUCACGAAUGUCCAUUCGAUAUUAAAUUUUAUCGGGCAAGCCCGCUCGGGCCCAUAAAAAAUUCUGUCCUUGCUUUGACAACGAGCGAAAAACAUGGCGGCUUGAAUCUCGUAACUGAUCCGAUUGCGACACCGAGUCAUUCAUGCCAAAGUUAAAUGCAGUUGAAAACAAAAAAGAAAACAUUAACAAUAAAAAGAAGAAAAAAAAACACAGAGCUUGAUCGAAGAAAAAUCAAUUGGAAAAACAAAAGAAAUGAAUUACUUGGACCAGCCACAACCGGAAAUUGCGAUCCAUAUUGUCCAUGAUACAACUGUGAUAUUAUAUUAUUCUUUCGAGAAGACCUGAGCAGCGAAUUGUCAAUCAAAGGAUUCGCUCGGUCCUUGUAAAUAAAUCCUGUCUAAGCACACGUCGUUUUGUUCUUUAUCGCUGAUUUUCGCAAACGCAAAUACGCUGUGUGUAUUUUUUAAGUGUUUUCUUUUUUUUCUUGAUAAAACAUAAAAAUUGUUUUGUGUAUUUUGGAAAUGAGAAAAAGAAAAGAGAGAUCAACGGAUACGAUCAAGGCUGUUGGAUUAUAUUUUAUUAGUGCACUUUUAUUAUGUGCGUAUAUAAAAACCGAUACACACACGUCUCAUCAACAUCUGUAAAUACAAAUUGUACAUAUAAAUCGUUGAGUUUCCAUACCGCUUUAAUAAACACGUUUGCAGAAUUA